AAUCGGAAUUACUUUAUCCAGAACCAAGAAUGAAAUACAUAGCUCCAGAUGAUGUACUAGAUUGUCCAUGGUGUCCGAAUGAACGACAACAGAAAUCACACGCCACAAUUGAAAAAAUAAUCAAUGCAUCAAGCGUGGCAGUUGUUCAACCUCGUAUAGCUCCACAUAAACAUAAUCUACAAAAUCUGAAUCCGAAAGAUCACAUUGGAGAAAUUAUAAGUGCAAUUUUGAUUAGCAAAAGCGUAACAAUAAUUAAAUUAUUGAAAGAAAUUGAAUACCCGCGAAUACCUGAAAUAAAUGAUGCAGUAAUAAAAUCGGUGCUCCUUAAAACUUUUCAGCAAACUCCACCUGGAAUUGAGACUAUAACUCUGGUGUUAAAAGAAUUAAUUAGUCUCGGAUUUAAUUUACAUUACAAGCUUAUUGACAAUAUUUUAGUUGAUUUUCUUACGCAAUUUCAAAAUCAUUUAGAUACUAUUAUGAUAUUGGUGGAAUUAUUAAGAGAGAUUAAAGGAGAAUCUCUUGACAAUUUUAUGAACAAAGUUUUAGCAGCAUAA